AUGCCAACAACUCGCAGUGCAAAUCAACCGGCUCCAAAACGUGCUCUGACUCCCGACAGUGACGACGGCGAAGAGGAUGACUUCGUAAAAAAACCAAGCGGCCGUGGACGUGGUGGUCGUGGACGUGGACGUGGAGGCCGUGGACGUGGACGUGGAGGCGGUGCCACAGCCAGUGACGAGAGCUCAUCCGGAGAAGGAAGCUCCGCACGUGGCGGUAGAGGACGUGGUCGCGGAAGUGGUCGCGGAGGACGUGGACGUGCCGCAAAAGACGGCCAACCAUCAGCAAAGCGUGGACGCAAGAAGAGAGCCGCUGCCUCGGACUCUGAAGACGAAGGAAACGUUGACUCGGACCACCUACAGGAUGAGUUAAAAAAGUGCUUAAAACUUCUUAAAGAAUUCGAGAAAGGCAGCCACAGCGGAUACACGUUCCCGUUCCGUACUCCAGUUGACACUGUUGCUCUUGGUCUCACUGAUUAUCAUGAGAUUAUCAAAAAGCCAAUGGAUAUGUCGACUAUGAAAAAGAAAAUUGUUGGUGAAGAGUAUGAUAAUGCAGGAGAAUUCAAGGAAGAUUUCAAACUGAUGAUCAACAAUUGCCUCUCGUAUAAUAACGACGGGGAUCCAGUGUCUGAUAUGGCAAUCAAAUUUCGUAAGGCAUUUGCUGCCAAAUGGAAUAAAGUAUUCCCAGAUGAAAAAGAUAAUUUCGCCGGUGAAGAAGGAUCGGAUAACGGUUCAGGAGACGAGGCUGACCAGGUAGAGAGCGACGGUGAAGACGCUGAGAAGGAUGAGUCUGUGAAGGUCACUGAAACGGCAAAUACUGAAAAGCCAGGAGAGGCAGUUGCGAAGACAGGAGAUGACAGCGCCGAUCGUCGCCGAGAUGCAGAGGAAGACGAAUCCAGUGAUGAAGAAGAUGGAUUGGAUGAAGAAGAAGCAACAGCAACUUCAACAUCUGCUGCAACUACUGCUACUACUGUUGCUGAAAAAAAGGCUUCACCAACUCCAGCGGCUCAAGUUGCUACGUCGUCUGAACCUGUCGUGGCAGAGGCUCAAGCUACGUCAUCUGAAGCUCAAGCUACCUCAUUCGAAGUCCAAGAUACUUCAUCUGAAGCGCAAGCUGUGAACAACGAAACUGUCAAUGCUGAAGACCAGCCAAAACCAGAAACAGUUGAGGUUUCUGCAGCUGCUGCAAGUGAGCCAGCUAGUCAUGCUGCGGACUCCACUACUGAAGCUGAUUCCACCCAUGUCUAG